GAUGGACAUCCUCGUGGGACCAAAAUGUCUAAAUCACCAAAAUCAAUGAUGAAGGUGUCAAGAGAGCUGCUAUGUUCAGAAAUGGAGAAGAAGGGACAAAUUGCAGACGAGUCCAAAGUUGGUGGAAUACAGGACACAAUGGUUUCAGGUGUGCUGCAUAUGCACGGAAGCAGUUGGGCAUACAACGAGGCGCCGAAUAUCUUGACAAUUGUUUUGAAAAGAUUUCAGAAGAUGAACAAUUCGAGUUGGACAAAGCUCAGGUUGUCAAAGAAAUUGCAGCACUUGAAUCCCAAGCCCGUCCAUGACUUGGCUUUCUUGUAUGUACAACGUCGUGAGAACGGUGCACAAGUUCACUAGCAGAAAGACCUCAUCAGUACAAGAAGAAUUCGGAAAGCUCUAUCUUUUUAUUUGUUGAGUAGUGUACUCUCAAGGUAUAAUUACGAGACAUUGUAUGCGGUUUGAUAUUGGACAAUGUAUUUUUCAUUCAGAAAUAUGAGAGGCAGAUUUGUGUGA